AUGUAUACCUUAUUGAGCGGCUUCCACAAAUAUCUUACGCGUAGAGAAGAAUUUUACAUUGUCAUACUCGGACUUGAUAAUGCUGGUAAAACGACACUUUUAGAGCGUAUUAAGUCUAUAUUUCUUGGAAUUAUGGGUCUUUCACCUGAUAGGAUUGCACCCACAGUAGGUUUAAAUAGACAACGUGAACUACACGGUAUUUGGGAAAAAUAUUAUUCUGAAUGCCAUGCCAUCAUAUUUGUUGUUGAUUCAACUGAUAAAGAACGAAUUGAAGAAUGUAAAGAAAUUUUUGAAAGGAUAAUUACAAAUGAAGAAGUUGAAGGUGUUCCAGUAUUGAUGUUGGCAAAUAAACAAGAUUUACCAAAUUCUUUAAAAGUUGAAGAAAUUAAAGAAAUUUUCAAUAAAAUUGCACUAAAAUUAGGAGCAAGGGAUUCCAGAGUAUUACCAAUAUCAGCUUUAGGAGG